AUGGAGGCCGCGGGCGGGAACCAGACGGAGGCGUCCGGGCUGCUGCUGCUGCUGCUGCUCCCGCCGGCGCCGGACAACAGCAGCGAGGGCCUGGAGCGGGCGGUCCGCUGCUGCACGCCCCCCUCCGUGGUCACCGACGGAGGCCUGGGCCCCGGAGGCCCCGACGAGCGCAGCCUCUACAUCAUGCGCCUCGUGCAGAUCGCCGUCAUGUGCGUCCUGGCCCUCACCGUCGUCUUCGGCAUCUUCUUCCUCGGCUGCAACCUGCUCAUCAAGUCCGAGGGCAUGAUUAACUUUCUGGUCAAGGACAGGAGGCCGUCCAAGGAGGUGGAGGCCGUGGCCGUGGGGCCCUACUGACCCGGCCCGGCUGGGGAAAAGGCUCCCCUCGGAACCCCCACCUCGGACCCCCCUGGACCCCCCUCCCCCAC